GAUGUGGCUCGUGUAGAGAGUAAAACGUGGAUCAUAACUCCAGACAAGUAUCAAACAGUCUGUCAUACUCCAGCUGGUGUUGAUCCAAUCAUGGGACAUUGGAUGGAUCCGAAACAAUUCGAAACCGAACUCGACUCAAGAUUUCCGGGAUGUAUGAAUGGACGUACGAUGUAUGUUCUUCCAUACUCAAUGGGACCGGUUGGCGGACCAAUCUCGAAGAAUGCCGUUCAGAAUAUCGAAGAGUAA